GAGCUAGCGGGCUGUAACACACUAGCACCCCGGUGGAUUGCGCUCGCGAGCGGCUAUUCGCGGCGCGUGUGACAGGUAACAGUACAGCGAAGGAUCAAUCCUUGUUAUAGCUCACCGCUCCGCGCUGCACCGCCACCAGAACAACUCCACGGCUGCAAAGAUGUACUCCCACGAGAUCACCGUGGAUAUCGGGCAGCUCCUCUACUACGCCGCCGCGGCCGUGGCCACCUACUACGCCCUCCAGUUCUCCAGCAUCCUACUACCAAUCGGCGGCAAGCAGGUCGUAGUGAGCGAGGAGCUCGCCGAGCCGCCGGCGCCCGAGACGAAAUUUGACUUAUUGAAGCACGAGAAGGCGAAGCCGGAUUUCUCCGUGGUAAAGUGUUGGGACCCGAGUACGCUCACCUACCUGGGCGAAGUCCGAGCCGACACGAAGGACACCGUCGAGCUCAAAAUUAAAAAAUGCCGCGCCGCGCAGGAGGUCUGGGCUAAAUCUUCUUUCUCACAAAGGAGACAACUCAUGAAGACCAUGCUUAGAUUUGUAGUAGAAAAUCAAGCUACGAUCGCGAAGGUGGCCGUGAGGGACAGUGGCAAGACCGUCACUGAUGCAAUUUUCGGGGAAGUGCUCGUGACCUGCGAAAAACUGAAAUGGCUCGCGGCGAACGGCGAAUCUGUACUACGGAAUGAGAAGCGGGCCACGGGAAGUCUCGUGUGGUUCACGAAGAACGUCUGGGUCGAGUACCGGCCGCUCGGCGUCAUCGGCGCGAUCGUGCCCUGGAACUACCCGUUCCACAACGUCUUCAAUCCCGUGAGUGCGGCGCUGAUGGCGGGGAACGGGAUUGUGGUGAAAGUGUCGCCCUACGCGUCCUGGUCCGCUGCUGGGUACUUCGGCGCGGCUCUCAGAGAAUGCCUGAAGGCCGUGGGCGCGCCCGAGGAUCUUGUGCAGAUCGUUCAGAGCGGUGUGGAAAUCAAAUUUCGGGCGGCCCACGCUGUCUCCGUAGCUGCGUCUGCUCGAUGGCGUGGAGUUUCCAGGCCAUCGACGCGACGUUGUCGCCGUGACCGCGUCGGCUCGAUGGCGUGGAGGUUCGCGAAGUCCACGUGACUCACUGGUUGAUUUCCACACAGGUCCACGGCUACGGCGCCGCCGGUGCCGCUCUCGUCAGUGGUGGAAUUGACAAGUGCAUCUUUGUGGGUUCUCCGGAAGUAGGAAAGAUAGUCAUGGAGACGGCGUCGAAAACGCUAACGCCGGUAGUCUUGGAGUUGGGCGGCAAGGACCCCUUCGUCGUCUGCGACGACUGCUCUGCGUCCGACUUGGAUCGGAUCUCGCAGAUUGCUCUGAGAGGCGUCUUCCAGAGCAUGGGCCAAAAUUGCGCCGGUCCCGAGCGGUUCUUCGUGGGGUCGACGGUCUACGAGGGGUUUUUAUCGAGGAUCAAGCCGUUAGCCGAUCAAUUGGUCGUGGGUGCGUCGAAUGAGGAUGUCAAAGUGGAUUGCGGCGCGGUGACGAUGGGGUCGCUGUCCAGAGACCGAUUGCAGGGUUUAGUUGAUGAUGCGGUGAGCAAGGGCGCGAGAAUCUUAUCGCAGGGCAAGAUCCCGCCUCAGGAGUUAGUGGGGACGUCGUUCUUCCCGCCCACCGUGUUAGUAGAUGUGCCGACGACAGCGCGCAUCGCGCAGGAGGAGAUCUUCGGGCCCAUCAUGUGCGUCUUCGCUCCCACGUCGUCGGACGAGGAUGCCAUUGCGAAAGCCAACGCCUGUUCGUUUGGGUUGUCGUCGUGCGCUUUCGCGGCUUCUACCGCUCGGGCCAAGGCCGUCGCGUCGCGCCUCAAGGCGGGUAUGUCCUCGGUGAACGAUUUGGAGGGCACGACUUAUUUGUCGCAAUCGCUACCGUUCGGCGGCGUCGGCGAGUCGGGAUUUGAUAAAUUUGCGGGCCCGGAGGGCCUGCGCGGGCUCUGCUUAGCACGGUCGUGCUGCGAAGAUAAAUUGGGUUUCGCGCGGACGUCGAUCCCGCCGCCGCUGCACUACCCCUCAAAAGGCAAGGGCCAGGACUUCGCCAUGGGGCUGGUCGAGUUGUUCUACGGCGACGGCGUGGCGGGCAAGGUCCGGGGCAUCGUGAAGCUGAUCAAGGCCGGGUAGGUUUUGGGGGUCCGGGUGGUAAGGCACUAUUAUUUAUCGAA